AUGGACAUUGAUCAGAGCACCAAGCCCAAGGAUGCACCUAUGGCAGGAUCCAUGAGUUUGAAACUGCAGGAGAGCGCCAUUAUCGAAGAUGUCUUGUUCACCAUGAUGGGCAUUGAAGGAACAUACAUCGGCAUUGUCACGCCUGCAGCCGCACCUCAGGAUUUGGACGUAGAGUACAUUCACAAGGAAUUCAAAACAGAUGAAAGCCUCGAUCCAUCAUUACGGGAUUUGGUCUCACGGAUACUGCCACUAGCAUCCAUCUACCUAUCAUUGGAGGCGUUUGUGGAACUGCACUCACGCUUUGAGUACGGAUACGUCAGCCAUGCACUAUGUGCAGCCAUCAGGAACCUGCUUAAGGAGUACCUGAUCUUGAUAGCGCAGUUGGAAAACCAGUUCCGCUCGUCUCCAGACUUUACGCUUCAAAAACUGUGGUACUACAUCCAACCAACCAUGCAGACGUUGAGUUCACUUGACAUCCUUGUAGGCGUAAUUCGAGAAGCUGGCAAGAAGAAGGAGCCCGAUGACGAAAUUGAAGCACUGUUAAAUCCUAAGGAAGGCAUCCCGUUGGAGUGCAAGGGCGGGAGCAUUCUCGCCAUAAUUGCCGCUGGCAUGUUCAACAUGAGCGGUGAUCCCGUGACAAAAAAGCUUUAUGGAUUCCUGCUCAACAAGGCAUCGGUACCUUACACCACUAUGCUGGAAUCAUGGAUCCAUAAGGGAGAGAUCCGAGAUCCCUACGAGGAGUUUAUGAUUGUGAAAAGUCGCAAGGUCAGCAAGGAGAACAUCAAGGAGGACUUCAACGAUGCCUAUUGGGAACAACGAUACACGAUUCGGGAGAACUAUGUGCCUUCCUUCUUGGUUCCACUGAAGAGUAAGAUUCUUUUGGCGGGAAAGUACCUGAACGUUAUCAGAGAGUGCGGUAUUCACCUGUCCCAAGCUGACAGGAGCGCGUCAGCCACAGUACAACCAUCUGCAUCGACGAAUGUUCCGGAGCGCAACGACAUCUUGGCUGCCUUGAGUGGCGGGCGACUGGUGGAUACCAUCGAGGACGCCUAUCAGUACGCAAAUAAGAAAUUACUGGACUUGCUUUUGAAGGACAAGCAGCUUCUUGGAAGACUUCGGUCGAUGAAGCGGUACUUUUUCUUGGAUCAAUCCGACUACUUUACACACUUUCUGGAUCUGGCCUCCGCAGAGCUGAAGCGACCAUCGAAAGAGGUUUCUCUGAAUAAGCUACAGUCUCUCAUGGAUUUGGCCCUUCGCAACCCGUCGUCUGUUACCGUCAACGAUAUUUUCAAAGAGGACCUCAAGGUUGACCUCAGCCAUCUCAGCCUGGUCGACCAACUACUCCGGAUCAUACAUGUUGGUGGACUUGGACAGGGACAAGCGCAGAUCCAGGAUCAAGGACAAGGACAGAUGCUGGGAGGCGAAAGAGUGGACUCGCGAGCCUCCAGCUACAAAAUCAGGAGCCAUAGCAGGGGGGGCAGUGGCAUCCAUCAGCAUCAAGGGUCAAACGACUCUUGGCAAGACGAAAAUGCCGUGGAAGGUCGUGACAAUGGCACAAAGAGCGGGAUUUCUGCCGGAGGCUUGUCUUCAAUGGACAGCAUUAUGAUGUCGACUGCAGAGCUACCUACGCAAAGCAGAGGACCUCUCGCUGGUAUUGACGCCCUCACGCUCGACUAUUCUGUCAAGUUUCCACUGUCGCUUGUUAUAUCGCGCAAGGCUCUCACCAAAUACCAACUCCUCUUCCGACACCUUCUGUACCUCAAGCACGGCGAGCAAGUUCUCUGCGCCACGUGGACAGAACACGCAAAAUCCACUGUCUGGAAGAACACGUCACCCGAGCUGAAGCAGUGGCGUGGACGGGUGUACAGUUUGCGGGCGAGAAUGUUGACCUUUGUUCAGCAGUUUGCGUACUACGUCUGCUCCGAGGUUUUGGAGCCGAACUGGAGAGAUCUAGCCUCCAAACUCUCCAAGGUGUCAACGGUCGACCAUGUCCUCCAGAUCCACUCUGAUUUUUUGGAUACUUGUCUCAACGAAUGCAUGUUGACAAACUCCAAGCUCCUUCGGAUCUAUUCCAAGCUCAUGUCGACGUGUAUCAAGUUUACAAAUUACACGGACCGGUUCACUCGGGCACUGAUGGCGAUGGAGAACCAACUGGACGAAGAAACAGCCGCCAUGGCACCUUCUAACCAAGUCCAGCAGAUCGAACAGGCCAUGAAGCGACUGAACGAGUUUGAGGAUGGGUUUAUCUACCACAUCAAGCUGCUGAUCGAGGCGCUCAAUUUUUACAGUGCCACAGAGACUGUCCAGUAUCUGUGCCUUGUUGUCAGGCUGGAUUACAAUCAGUUCUAUGCGAAUCAGACAACAGCGAGUCUGCAUCUCGCAGGGAAUCCUUCCUCGUAA